AUGAACUAUGAUUCAAGCUCUUCUAGUUCAGGUUCUGAGUUUUUUAAUUACAUGGUUCAAGAUUACAUAGAAUGGAGUCAGUCCGUUGAUGCUGAGCAACAAAAUGAAGAAGAAAUUGUACCUUGCACUAGAAAUUUUGUGCGUAGGGAACAUGAGGAAGCUCAUGAAAAAUUGUUUCAUGAUUAUUUCAGCAACGAACCUCUAUACCCCGAGAAUAUUUUUCGUCGUAGGUUUCGUAUGCAUAAGCAUGUUUUCCUUCGUAUUGUCGAAGGUGUAACGAUUCAAGAUGAUAAAUUUUUUAAGCAAAAACCAGAUGCUACUGGAAGGAUGGGGGCAUCUAAACUACAAAAAUGCACAGCGGCUAUCAGGAUGUUGGCAUAG